AAUAAAAGAUGGCAUUAUAGUUAUUUUAGCCAAAAUCAACAAGCAGAAGGUAAUUUGGCACCAAACUGAUGCCUACAAAACCCCCUCUCUUUCUCUCUCUCUCUCUCUCUCACGGACACACACUACUCACAGCACAAACCAUAACAGAAAGAAACAAACAAUGAGAACCCAACGUCUUAACCAUCUCCUUCUCUCCCUCUUCCUCUUCGCAGCCGCAUUCUCCAGCCUUCACCCGACGGCCACCGCCGGAGACGAAGGCGCACCCUCCCCAGGCGACGGCGACGGCGACGCCGAUUUCAUACGCACUAGCUGCAACACCACGCUCUACCCGGACGUGUGCUUCACCUCCCUCUCUCGCUACGCCAGUGCGGUGCAACAGAACCCCGGCCAGCUGGCGCGCGUUGCCAUCUCCGUGAGCCUCUCCAAGGUCCACCGCGCCGCCUCCUACGUCUCCAACCUCACGCGCGACGCCGACUACGACGGCAGCACGCGCGCCGCCCUCGCUCUCCACGACUGCUUCUCGAACCUCGGCGACGCCGUGGACGAAAUCCGCGGCUCGCUGAAGCAGAUGCGUCAGAUUGGAGCCGCCGGCGCCGGCGCCAGCUCGUUCCUGUUUCAGAUGAGCAACGUGCAGACGUGGAUGAGCGCUGCACUCACCGACGAAGAAACCUGUACGGACGGCUUCCAGGACGUAGCGGACUGUCCCGUGAAAACGGAUGUAUGCGAUCGCGUCACCAACGUCAAGAAGUUCACCAGCAAUGCCUUGGCGCUCGUCAACUCCUACGCUAACAAGGGAAUGCCUUGAUUUUCAACCACGUGUCAGAUUACUUACCGUCCGAUUUUAUACAUCUCCAAACUCGAAAAAAAAAAAAAAAAAGUAGUUAAAGAAUAGGUUGUGUUAAAUUUGGCGUUAAAAAACAAAAAGUGCCGUGUGUGUGGGACGCGUGAGCCCUUCUUUCUUGUGUUGUAAAUUUUGGUAUGCUUGUAGACAUAUUUGCUGUCACUCGCUCAAGAAAGUAGAGAAACGCAUCACUUCAAUCACGUGAUAGAAUGAAUGAAGAGUGUAGAUAACUAUAUGGGGGGAAGAAGAAAAAACAAGUGAAAGUUGAGUGUGGAACUUUGACUUGUUACUUUUUAGUUUGUUGUGGUUAACUGUUAUAUUAUUUUGUGUUUUUGUUUAAAUUAAAAAUAAUAAUUUUAAAUUUCAGGAUUGCACGUAAAAA